AAUGCGGAGAAUGCCAAUCAAUCUUCUAGUUUUUCUUUUGAGUACAUUACCGUAAACAAAAACAUGAUAAUUUCGGCAAAUUUAUUAUCAGUAGGAUAUUAUCUUGAUUAAAGUUCUUUUUUUCAAUUAUUAUAUUUUCUAUAAGUUUGAAAAGUGCACGAAUAGCUGAAAAUGAAUCCAAGUCGGGUGCCAACGAACAAGUUCCGGUCGUUGAUCAAAAUAACUAGUCUCGGAGUAGCUACAUUCAGUGCAGUCUGCUUGUGUAGAGCCAACGAAAAAUUCUACGAUCAAGUAUUUAUGCCUGUGGUACGCUUAAUUCCACCGGAAACGGCACACCGGUUAGCAAUUUUUAGUGUAAAACUAGGCUUGAUUCGACCCGGUUUCCAGGAUCCGGGAAUACUUCGCACUAAACUGCUCGAUAUGACCCUAAGCAACCCGGUCGGAAUCGCAGCCGGCUUUGACAAACAAGGCGAGGCUGUAUGCGGACUAAGCCGACUUGGGUUUGGUUUUGUGGAGGUCGGUUCCGUUACGCCAAAACCGCAGCCAGGCAAUCCCCGACCACGAGUGUUUCGGCUAAACGAAGACAAGGCAAUUGUUAAUAGAUAUGGGUUUAACAGUGACGGUCAUAAAGUUGUGUACGAGCGACUGAAGAAGGCUCGCAAAGAUUGUGGCGAUGGUGUUAUGCUGGGUAUAAACUUAGGGAAAAACAAAUUGUCAAAAGAUGCAAUUCGUGAUUAUGUUAAGGGUGUUAGAAAGUUUAGCAGUCUGGCUGACUAUCUGGUCAUAAACAUAAGUAGUCCAAAUACUCCCGGUUUGAGGACAAUGCAAAAUAAGAGCACGCUCCAUGUGCUGCUAAGCGAAGUACUAAAGGCUCGGAGUUCGUUGCCUGAAUCGGAUCGACGACCGAUUCUUGUCAAACUAGCACCGGAUUUGUCUGAUGAAGACGUCCAGGAGGUGAUAUCAGUAGUAGAAUGUAAAGAAUAUGCCGUGGAUGGCCUUAUUAUAUCUAAUACCACUAUCGAGCGACAGCCCAGUUUGAAGAGUAUCAAUGCCGGACAGUUGGGUGGGUUAAGUGGAGUGCCACUGAACCAAAAAUCGACCCAACUAGUAGCGAAGGUUUACAAAUGGACCGGCGGGAAAAUUCCAAUAAUCGGCGUCGGUGGAAUUUUCAGUGGACGCGAUGCGUACGAAAAAAUCCUGGCCGGUGCCAGUGCCAUUCAGCUGUACACGGCAUUCAUUUACCACGGGCCACCGAUCGCAAUUCGGGUCAAGCGGGAACUGGAACAGCUCCUUCGGGACAAUGGCUACGAAAGUGUCCAACAGGCCGUUGGGAAGGAGGUGGAUAGAUUUUUGUAGUGUCGAACCGCAAUGAAAUGUACAAGUUAUGAAAUAUAUAUAUUUUAAAAUGAGAGACGGUUUC